AUGGCACUGUGCGGUAUCCCCCCACGCCUGCUCGUGCUCGUGGUCGCGUGGGUGGCGGCCGCGGCGCUGCUGUCGCCGCCGGUGGUUCGAGCCGGCAUCAACCGCGACACCGUCAUCGACUCCUCCCAAUUGGCGGUGCUGCGAGCGCUGGCCAAGGAGUGGGGCCGCGGGUUCAACUACUCGCGCGCGUGGUCGUCGAAGCAGCCGCCGAAGCGCUGCAUGGCGUACCCCGGGAUCAUCUGCAACGACAAGGGUAUCAUCAUCGGACUGAACGUGAGCAACACCAACAUCAACGGCACGAUCAAGGGAGUCAGCGCCCUCACCGCGCUCGCCUUGCUCGACAUGAGUCAGAACCCCAUCAAGGACGUGGCUCCCCUCGCGCCCCUCACCAACCUCGUCUACCUAGUCAUCUACCAGGACGUUCACCUUUACCCUCCCAUCCCCUCUCCCCUCUCACUGCAUCCCUUACCCGACCCCACCACCCGUGCAUUGCACAAUCUAGAGGCAUUGGACAUCGAAAAGGCACCCAACGCACUCGGCAACCUGGGCUUGCUCAAGCACCUGGACCUUGGGUUCAACGACUUCAGCGGGUCUCUCCCACCAGGCUUUGGGAACCUGAAGAACCUCAAGAAGCUAGUGUUGUCGCACGGUGGAGAUGCUCUGGGUGGCAAACUGCCCCCCUCCUUCUCCUCUCUCACCAACCUUCGGGAACUGUACAUGAACGACAAUGCCUUUGGGGGCAGCAUCCCUGCAUACAUCGGAAGCUUCCUCUCCCUCUCCUACCUCCGGCUGAGCAACAACAUGUUCUCGGGGAAAAUUCCCAAGGAGCUCUCGCGUCUCAAGAGCCUGCAGUUCCUGGGCCUGCGCUACAACUGGCUGACAGGGUCCAUCCCCGCAGCCCUCGCAUCCCUCUCCCAACUCACCUACCUGUCGCUGAACUACAACAAGCUGAGUGGAAGCAUCCCAGAGCAGCUGACCCGCCUGGCCAACAUCCAGAGCAUCAACCUCGAGAGCAACUACCUGUCCGGGACUCUCCCCAACAUCGAUCGCCUCAAGCUGCUCACCGACAUCAACGUGCGCUCCAACUACCUCAGCGGCACCAUCCCUCCACGCUACCUGGCCCUGCCAUACCACAGCCUGGCGUCGAAUUACUUUGUGGGCGAGGUGUCGUACAAGGCCAGGAACGGCACCUCCAUCUGCCCUUCCGAGUCCGACGUUGAUAACAACUGCCUUCGCCUCAAGUGGUGGGACAAGAAGGCGUGUGGAAAGAAGCCGCCCCAGCGCAGCGCAAGCACCUGCUGGACCUUCUGCCGGGCGGCGAGUCGCCUGGGCACGUGCGGGCGGCGGGGGGCGUGUGUGCCGGCCAGCCUGCGAAAGAACAACAGCGCGGUGGUGUAUGCUGCAUGCCAGUGCCAGAAGGGUGCUGCUGCCACGGCUGACAACCAAUACUGCGUGAAAGUGACAAAUAAGCUGGUGCGCAAGCCGUGUCCAGCCAACCCCAAGUGUCCUCCCAGCAGCAUCUGCCAACCCAACUUCCUCUCCCCUCUGGGUUACCGCUGUGCCUGUGCCAAGGGUUACCGCCCCGUGGCAGAGAAUUACUGGACCGUUACCAAGUGCGUCGCUAUAGAGGUGUAG